CAUUGAUCCAGUGUGCCAUACACAGUGUGGGGUUUUCCAAGCUCUACUUUGGGGAAGGUUCACCCUAAAAAUAAACCUUCAAUAGGUGCUUAGUAUUUCUUCGAGUGCAACUCUUCUAACCUUAGACUACUCAGUGCACUUCUACAUAUCACAUUGUGAUACUCGGACUAUAGUGUUUUAUGGAACGGUAUUAACAGUGAAGUGAAUUCCACAUCUUCAACAUUUUGAAGACAAUUUCUCUUCGAUACAGGGCACUUCUAUAAUACAAAGUGCGAAAUAACACAGAUGCACUGUACAGAUGAUCAAAUCGUGACAAUUUCAUGAUACCUGGGUGACUAGGUGGUGAAUACAUCAACUGUAAAAACAGCAAGCAAAUUCACUCAAAAAAAAUGUUCAUCUUAACGAAAAUCGCCGACUUGGUGCAAAUCAGGCCAGACAACUUCGAGAAGCCCAGCCAUGUCGCUAUAGAGGACAGCAUCAAUGCCAAGUACUCCAACAAGGUCAUUCAGAAGAUCGGCCUCUGCAUCUGUAUGUAUGAUCUACUCUGGGCUUCAGAGGGUCUCAUCGGUCAUGGAACUGGUAUGGUCAACGUCAAUGUUGAGUUCCGCUUGAUUGUGUUUAGGCCAUUCAAGGGCGAGACUUUGUUUGGAAGAAUUAGCAGCUCCAACAACACUGGAAUCAACAUUCGAACCGAGUUUUUUGAGGACAUAUUCAUACCCUUUACGGAGCUCCCUGAAAACACACAAUAUAACCAAGUUGAAAAGGCCUGGACGUGGAUAUUUGACCCUGAGAGCGACCCAAUGUGGUACGACAAGAACGAGAUGGUUCGCUUUUCUGUAGAAGGAGAGGAGUGGCACGAUCAGACCCCCGAGACUACGGAGCAAGAUGCAGUGGAUAAAGCUAAGAAAAUAUCCCCUUAUAGCAUCAAAGGCACCAUGAUCAAGGAAGGACUGGGAGUCUGCUUGUGGUGGGAGUAAAAUAUGUACACGGUAUCUAAGCUGACUAGGUACACUUUUGCAUGGAAACGGUGUUAGGCUGGAUUAUUAUUUGCAUACCGUAUUGGGUAUUAGGUCUAGCUGAUAGGCUGCCUAUCUACCCAACACCCUUUACUUAGACUUGAUACCCUCGAGCAAUCGACCCUCUACAUUAUCCAAAACCGAGUAAUGGUCAACCACAGCAAGGUUCUCAGCCUCCGUCUUGAACUGCUUAUCCGGAUCAACACCGGGUCCGAACAUUUGCGGGUUUUGGCCUCCCAUGCCCGACAUCUGCUGAGCCAUUUGAUUUGCGGCUGCCAUGCGAAUAAUUAGCUUAUGUGUUCGUAAAAUAUUGGCACAGAAUUCAAAUUUUAAAGGAACCUACCAUUCUCAUUGCCGAGCAAGAAG